CUUCAAAGUCUCCUCAACAGAACACAAUGAAAGUCGCAAUUGUCGGAACCGGAUGUGUCGCCCGUUAUGUGGUUGAUGCACUUCUUGCGAAUUCCCACGAUGUCAUCACUCUUAGUCGUACUCGCAAGCAGCAUUUCGAAUCGCUUCCAAUUGUGCAGUACGAGAUAGAGUACACUGCGAAAUCCAUGUCAAAAUUCCUUGAGGGAUGCGAAGCGGUGAUCUGCACCGUGAGCUUUAGUGCGCCAGACAUAGUUCAGAUCCACCGGGAGCUCUUGGAAGCGUGCAAAAGCAUCCCUACGUGCAAGAAGCUGUUUCCAUCUAUCUGGAUUGGCAACUUCGAGGAUGUCCCAGAUCAACCUUACGGAGAGGCCGAGGGCGUUCGUCAAAUCGCUUCUCUCCUCAGCAGCCAGAACACGGUUGAAUGGACCAUCGUCAGCCUUGGCUGGCUUAUCGACUACGUGCUUCCGACGGAGCAGCGAUAUCUUCCUGACGACCCUUUCUGGGUGCAGGAUCAUGAAGCGAAAACCUUCAAGCUCUACGGGAGCGGAACUCAGACUGUUAGUUGCACGCCUGCUCGGGAUGCCGCCAACGCCGUUGUUCGUUUGGCAGAAACCGAAGUUCCAUUGGAACGCGUCACGUAUAUGUCUGGUCAACAACUUACCUGGGCCGAACUCUACGAGAUUAUCAAGGAACGUGAUCCCGGCUACACUCUGACUCACAAAUCGCUUGCGGAGUGUAUUCAAGAUUACAUCAAUUCUACGGAUGAAAUGGCAAAAUACGGGGCCGUGUUUGACAUUAUGGGGCAUAGCGAGGCUCUGAAAUUCCCACAGCCAAGGGUUGAUAAGCACAGGGAGAUCUAUUUCACGGGACUCAAGUUUCGAACCGUCAAAGAGCUACUUGAUGAAGGACUAGUGAAGAAGGGGCAGGUUGUUUGA